CACACUCAUCGAAGACCACGGUUCCCAACUCUUCAUUGGAUAGGUUUGCACCAGGAACGCACAGACACACGACGUCGGCCCACAGUUUUGUUCCAUACGAUCAGGAACGACCCACUGAGGGACAGAAACAAACCACGUUUUCAAUACUAGCUAGACACGGUAUUUCAAGAUGAAGCUGACCGUCAAGACACUGAAAGGAAGCAAGUUCGUGGUGGAUUGCGAGCCUUCCAAUACGAUAUUGGAGGUGAAGGGGAUCAUUGUAAGCUCCUUCCUAUGCGUCUCGCAACGUGCCAAUCGGUUGCAAUCGGUGGAUUAGUACAACAGUGCUCGCAUCGCGCGUGCCGUGUUUUUUGUUCUCAUUUUCUCGCUUUUGCCGAACGUUCUUGAUUUCAUUCCAUUCCAUUCCAUUCGGUGGCACCCCGUUCCUUUCUCGUAUGCGACGCACACGCCGACAGGAAUCGACCCAGUCCGACAUGCCUGCGAGCAACCUGAAAUUGAUCCACUCGGGAAAGGUUUUGAAAGACGACCCAACCAUUGAAAGUAAGGACUUUGCAAAGGCAAAAAAAGAUUCGACGGAUCCCGCCACACCGCGUUUCGGUGGUCUACGGACGGAACGGGCGACCCCGUCCGGCACGGAUGCGACGCAACACAACGCGAUUCCGGAUCCGUGGCAUCUAGCGCGACACCGUUGCCAUUGCUUUGUUCCGAAGCUCACCGCCCGCUGCUUGUUCCCCUUUCUUUCGAACCGAUGCAUUGCUUUGUUUGCGUUCCAUUCCAUGUCUCUCGCACCCAGGCUGUGGGAUCAAGCCAAAUGAUUUCCUGGUGGUCAUGGUGACCAAAGCAAAGAAAGCUGCAGCGAAGGCACCGGCUCCCGCUCCAGCCGAAAAGGCUGAGGCCCCCAAGGCCGCUGCCCCCGCAGCAGCAGCUCCCCCGGAUUCCGACGCCAAAAUGUCGUCGGCGGGCGACGACAAAAAGACCGAAGAAUCCGCAGAGGCACCGGCGGUUGCCGGUGACGCUUCUGCCGGCGACGGGUUGUCGACGGAAACCGUCAACAGCCUCACGGGGAUGGGGUUUCCCGAAGCCGAGGUUCGCCACUGCCUGAGGGCCGCGAACGGCAAUCCCGACAUUGCGGUGGAGUUUCUGACGAACGGGAUCCCUCCCGGCAUGCAACCGGGUGAGCAGGGGGCCUCGUCCUCCUCCUCGUCGCCGUCGUCUGCCUCGGGUGGAGGCACGCUUGCCGCGUUGCGGAACCACCCUCAAUUCAAUGCCCUCCGGCAACUGGUUCAGUCAAACCCCGCCAUGCUACAGCAAGUCAUGUUUCAGAUCGGACAGCAACAACCGGAAUUGCUGAUGGAGAUCAACAACAACCAAGAGGCCUUUUUAGAAAUGAUGAACGAGCCCAUCACGGAAACCAGCACCCCCUCGUCGGGCUCGUCGGCGUCGAACGCUGGAUCCGAAACCCAAUCCUCCUCGUCCUCUAGCGAUGCGGCCACGGGAAUGCCGGGCAUUCCUCCCGGCAUGAUGGAGGGAAUGGCGAACCCCGCCCAAAUGGCGCAGCUCAUCCAAAACAUGAGCCCGGACGAACUGAAUCAAAUGGCGACCAUGAUGGGCCUGUCUCCGGAUCAGCUCCGGUCCACCGCCCAAAUGCUCGGUCAGAUCCCUCCCGAACAGCUCCAGCAGUACAUGAUGCAGGCCAUGCAGGGUGGCGGGGGUGGUCUUGAUGGAAUGAUGGGCGGCGCCGGAGGAGGAGGCGGACCGCAGGUGCUUCGGCUGACCGAGGAAGAGAUGGCGGCUGUCAAUCGUCUCGCAGACAUGGGAUUUGACAGAACAGAGGCCGCCCAGGCGUACCUGGCGUGCGACAAAAACGAGGCCCUCGCCGCGAAUUUGUUGAUGGAUUCGAUGGACAGCGGAGGCUUCGGAGGUGGUUUUGACGGAGGUGCCAAUGACGGAGGAAACAACAGCGGUGGCAACGACGGUGAUGACAUGUACGACUAGAUUACCACAAAAUAAUAAUAUAAUAGAUCGACAAUCGAAUA